CGAGCCGCCAUGUGCCGGAUAGACCCUUCCACAACCAAGCGCGCCUCUGCUUGCCGCCGACGAGUUGGGAUAUUUUCGUCUGGCAGUGGUCGUUGUGGUGUGAGAGUAACCCCGAAAUAGCCACCACCCUAUCAGCAAUUACCUUUUCCUAUUCUUCCAAUGCUCGUCGUGCGGCACAGCAGCAGGGAUGCCACAUGCUUGCAGCCUGGUCCAGCCACUUAAGACUCGACAAGAUAAUAGGUAAUGCUAGGACCAUUAAGACUGGCCUCGACCCAACCUUGAGGCCCUUGGUUUUUUGUUGCGGUUUCUUGUCAUCUUCUUCCUCUACGCGUAUCUUCUAGAUCGCAAGUCAUCCCCUGCUGCAUACGGAUUGUACGGUGACUUAAAAUGCGUUCCUCAUCGUGGUUGCUUCUCCCGGCAUCGCUGCUGGCGACAAUUGUCAGCGCCACGAACCAUGUCGUGACGGUCGGCAAAGACGCGCAACUCAAGUUCGACCCCGAAACGUUGGCCGCUCACGUUGGGGAUACAAUCACCUACCACUUCUUUGCAAAAAACCACUCGGUGGUCCAGUCCAGCUUUGGCGAUCCAUGCCAUCCUCUAGCUGGAGGCUUCUUCUCAGGCUUCACGCCCAACCCGUCUCCAGAUGUUGCGUCGGCGACGACGUGGACCAUCACGGUCAACGAUACGAAGCCGCUUUGGGUGUACUGCAGUCAAACCACUGGCGACCACUGCCAGAAGGGCAUGGUUCAGGCUGUCAACGCCCCCUCGAGCGGGAACACGUUUGAUGCCUACAAGUCAAAGGCUGCCGAGGCCUCGACCAGCUCUUCCCCCCCCGAUGGCCUUCCAAUCGGUGGCUUGCGGCUGCUGACGGUCGGUGUUGGUCUCGGGGGCAACCUGACCUUCACCCCGAAUGACAUCACCGAGCUUCCUGGAACCGUUGUCGAGUUCAGCUUCAAUCCCAAGAACCACUCUGUCGUGCAGUCCAGUUUCGAUGAUCCCUGCCACCCGCUGAAAGACGGCUUCAGCAGCGGCUUCAUCCCGACCGAAGUCUCUCCGUCCGGCGUCCUGUUCGACAUUGUCAUCGAGGACACCAAGCCGAUCUGGUUCUACUGCGCCCAGACGGCCAAGACCCACUGCCAAGCGGGCAUGGUGGGCAGCAUCAAUGCACCCGCGACGGGCAACACCCUCGAGGCAUUCAUCGCGAAGGCAGCCUCUGCCUCGGCGAGCACCAUCCCGCCACACGCCCCGCUGGGCGGCACCCUCUCUGUCAACGGCACCAUCAUCGCUGACUUUGGCGGCGCCGUGCUGGACACCACCAACACGACCCUCGACCCCGGAGCCAUCACCAACGUCCCGCCGCCGGGGGCCAACAUGUCGUCGUACAUCUGGGGCAUGGCGGGCGGCGGCCAACCAGCCUCAUACAACUGGGCGCCGACCAUCUCCGACAACGCGACGCACAUCCUGCAGCUACUGCAAUUCCUCGACAACAUCCUCCUCGAGGUCCUCUUCGCCGGCCACGCCAAGCUCACCGGCCCCGCCGGCGCCUGGGCGGGCCUCUACCCAGCCACCAUCGUCGACGCCAUCGGCACCAUAUCAGCGCAAGCCCUCGUCCACCGCGCCACCGCCACCGACAGCCUUCAGCACUACGACCGUGCACUCGCGGGGACCUGCCCGCUCCUCGCCGCCGCCGCCGACACCGCCGACGCCUUCCUCGCCGACGCCCUGGCGCUGCUGCUGCUCGAGAUCGGCGUCCUGCUCGACGGCGCCGCCCUCGCCGCCGCCACGGACCCGUGGCUCGUCCCGGCCCUGGUCGCCGCCCUGGGCGCCAAGAGCCGCGCCGCCGCCCUCGUCAACCUGAUGCAGGACCGCGCCGCCGCCGCCGCCGUGCGCGAGGCCGCUGUGCCGCCCGCUCUGGCGUGGAGCUACGCCGUUGGCAGGUGGGUCGGCGGGAAGGGCUGCCCGGAUAAGAUGGCCGGUAUGCCGACGGAGCCGGUGCCGACCCUGAGGGUGGUGGCGUCGCGGAGGGUGGGGAGUGUUGAUAGGCUGGCUGAGGUGACGGUGGAGUGGGAUGCGAAGGGGGGUGGGAAGAGGGAUGGGCAUGAGGGGUCGCUCUUCCUGGCUUGGAUGGGGCCCUGGGGGGGUGUCUUGUUCACGCCCGUUGCGGGCGAUGGGUCGAGUCCCGUGCCGGCGGGGCUGUAUGGCCAUGUGUGGGCUGUGUUGGUUAACAAGGACGAGGGUCAGCUCGCGGAUUUGGCGGGCAUUGCCGUUGCUGGCCCGGAGCUGGUUUGGGUUGGUCAACCGUUUGGGCAGUCGAGGUAGGGAACGCCCAAGGCUGGAGGCUGUCGGUUGUAAUGUCUGUUCAUUUGAGACUCUGGUAAUUUGCCAAUAUGGGUUGCCAAAAUGGGUGGCAGGAAAACGGAGUACUUGGAGUUAGGGGUCAGGGGUAUCAUGCAUCAAAUGUCAUUUGGCUUUUUGAUACCACCAAUGUCUUGACAUCAUAUUGGCGUUCUUUGAAGACUUCAGAUGCACAGUGUCUCUGGGGACAGGAGGUAAAGCCCAAGAAUCUGUG